GGGGCCGACGGGACCUUUUGUUGGCGAGGCGGCGGGAGCGCCGGCGAGUCGGGCGCGAGCUGCCGGGCGGGGCCAUGUCGUACAUCCCGGGGCAGCCGGUCACCGCCGUGGUGCAAAGAGUUGAAAUCCAUAAACUCCGGCAAGGUGAAAAUCUAAUUCUUGGAUUCAGUAUUGGAGGUGGAAUUGAUCAAGACCCUGCUCAGAAUCCUUUCUCUGAAGAUAAAACUGACAAGGGUAUUUAUGUAACAAGGGUGACAGAAGGAGGCCCAGCAGAAGUUGCCGGACUCCAGGUUGGAGACAAGAUAAUGCAGGUGAACGGGUGGGACAUGACAAUGGUAACUCAUGACCAAGCGAGGAAGAGACUGACAAAGAGGAAUGAAGAAGUGGUACGGCUCCUGGUGACCAGACACUCCCUGCAGAAGGCUGUUCAGCAGUCCAUGAUGUCCUAAUUCUGCAGUAGGCUUGGGGGAGGGGGGCAGAGGGAGGGAUCUAUAGUGUGACACUCCCUUGUUCUAAGGAAGCAAAUACUAGAGCUGCCCAGCAAGGUAAAACAUGCACCAUUUUUACUCUAAAUUGAGAAUAGUAAAUUCUAGACACUUCAGCAGCAGUUUCUCUUUCAGAAAGGCUUCCAGUAGCAUAUGCUGCAUCAAACAGCACCUUACCCUACUAUGUAUGCAGAGCUGUAACAGUGACAGGGGAAGUUCCAUAAAGAACAAGAUGCAAAACACUAAAUACUUUUCUUUGGGAUGAAAUGGUGGAAAAAUGCAAUUAACUUAGUGGGAGAUGAUUCUCCUAUAGUGCAAGAGUUCCCCAUUGCUUAGCAUUUAAAGCUCUGCUUGCUGCUGCUGGUAAGGAGUGAAUGAUUAACAGUGGGGAGAGGAGGUAAUGUUUUUACUCUAAAUUUUCAAAAUCUAAUGUUAAGGGUUAGAUUAUCCCUUGCUAGUUCUGGCUCAGGUUUUUAAGAUGCCACAUUUAAGUAAGAGUUUGUAGAAGGUCCAAUGUUGAGUAAGGACAUCUACACUACUCUUAACAUGUGCUAGCAAAUGUUAAGCAGAAUAUUUUGCAGUGCUUGAGGGAUAGAUCACUGCAAGAUUUUAGUCUGCUUCACCAAGCAGCUCUUCCUAAAAGGGAUGCAAGUUUGAACUAGCAGUUGGUGCAUAAAAAUAAUAAUGGAAGCUGUGGGAUUGAGUAACAGUUGCAAAGUAACCUCUAUACAAGAUGAAGUGAUGAUUGCUUCAUAAAAUACUUGGGAACAAUGCCAGCUUUAACAUGCUAUAACUAUUGUAACUCUAGGGCUUAUGUUUUAAAAAAGAUACUGUAAGUGGGAAAAAUGGAAACCUUUGUUACUGAACAUACAUGAAACUUUGUCUCACUUCCUCACUCCACAUUUAACAGAGAAUCUUCAAAUAGAAGGGGCAGCUGGUCUGUUUUGUAAGGGGAGACUUAUUUAAAUCUUGUAUUAAGUAGAAAUGUGCAAAUGAGCUUGCAAACAUCUAUUGUACCAAAAUUCCUAUCUCUGCACCUGUGGUAGGUAAACUUACACUACAGAAAUCCUUCAGAAAGGCUAAACUAUGGAUUUGUAGGAGCUUUUGAAGAAAAAAAGCUUAAAAAUCCUUGAAGGGUUUCAUACCCUUCAGUGAACCACAUUAACACUUUAAGGCAUUAUACAGGCUAGCUUUAAUUACAAUUAGCCAAAAAAAUGUUUCAUCUUCCAGAACUAGUUUUAAUGACACUGUAUAUGACCUCUUUACUUCAACUGUCUUCAGACUAGUUUAAAAAAAAUUGUAAAUAGAACACUGAAGAGGUUGUAGACUAACUUAUUACUGCAGUGCUAUUUAGGUUCUGACUUCAAUGAAUUUUAUAAACUUGAUACAUGCAUCUCAAAGAAUGUUCCACUCUGUAUCUUUACAUACCAGCAGAUGCCUCUUUUUAUACAGUUUUUUAUCUUAUUCAAUACAAAAAAAUCCAAAAGGAAUUUUGGACAUUUAAAUUACAAUUCCUGUGGUAGUAAAUAUCUUAAUAGCUUUACAGAUAGGCCUUAUUUUUGUUUACUGUAGAAAAGUACACUGCUAUUUGUACUGUGGUCUCUUGAUUUUACACAAUAAAGAAUGAAUUUAACAAAC